AUGUCGAAUUUAUUCAACAUAAGCAAUGCUGCUGCUGAUGAUGAUGAUGCAGAUGUCCCCCAAUUUGUCGUGGCCGUUGUUCUCUGCAUAGCCGGAGUUGUGGCAGAAGGAUACGGUACGAACAUCAAUAAGUAUGGAAACGCUGGAAGAAUCACCGGACGUGAGGCUUUCAAACACAACAACUUCUUGCAAGGGAAGCAAGGCGCAACGAACGCUUUGAGAGAUUUUGGUCGCUUCGACGGACAGGCCCUUAAUGAUUAUCGAAGUGGAAACAAGAACGUCGCCCAGGCUAACGACUUCGGCAGCAAGCAAGGCAAGGCCAACCAGCAGGCCAACACUGCUGCCCAGGCCUUCCAGCAACAGGAGGGAAGGUUUUCACAAAUCGCCAAUCAGAUUGCAUCUGCCGCAAAACGUAGAGGUUACCAUUCCGAUUCAGUUGGACGCUACGACAAAAAGGAUGACAACCGCGCCCAAGGCUACAAUGCCGCAGCUGCAAACAAAAAGGCCUACAACAGAGGCAAGGUCUUCAACGACAAGAUCGAUUACGCAUUCAACAAGAAAUUCGACCAAAAUCUGAGCGAGAGAGGUGGAUUCGAGGAAGAGAAUGGCCACAACGCUCACAAGCUCGACGAAUACCGCGACAAGCAGAAAGCUAGGAAGGUCCUCAGAGGAGACCACACUGCGGCUAACUCCCGAAAUGAUGCCCAGAGAGCUCUCAAAGAAAGCAACUACCGACAGAACGCAGCCCAGAAACACGUACAAGCCGGCUCCUACGGUAAAUCAGACAAAAACCUUGACAAAGCUGGUGCUACUCAGGACGCUCAGUCUGUCCAGUUCGAUAGGAAAGAUAGCAAAUACGCCUCUGAAGACAAGGGUAAACAGCAGGCCAUCUCAAAAAAGAAUCACUUCGCAAACAAGGACGCUGUUGCCGCACGUCAAGCUGCUGCCAGCCACGCUGGAGACCAGCUCCACGCUGAUAAGAAAUACUACGGCGGACACGGGGAUCCCAAUAGCCAAAACAGCGGAACUGUCGGUUAUGGAAACAACGGCGGUCAUGGCGGUGCUGGAACCGGAGGAGGAGCAGGAGCAGGAAGGCGAGGAUCUGGAAGUCACGGUGAAGGAAGCGGUGGGCUCAGCAACCACAAGUACGGAGAAAACGCACAACAGCUCGAUAACUCCAAAGUACAUGCCGCAGAGAAGGCUGGAGCCGUCAAUGCUCGUCUGCAAGACUACCUGAAAUCCAGAAAUAAGAUAGAUUUUGCUCAGAUCAAGAGUCUUAGAGAUCACAGAAAUGGCAAGUUUGCACAGGGUGUCCACAGUGCAGAAAACAAAGGAUUCAAUUCGAAACAAGGACAGGCAGCCAAGACAGCUAGUGGUGGAGACAAAAAGCUCGCCGAUGCGGCCGCUCAUUCGCAAGCCAAGGCUGCAAAACAUGACUUUGAUGAAGCAGCAUUCGACAAAGAAAACUUCAGGAAGAGACUGCAAGACUCCAACGAAAACUUCAGAAAACGAAAACAAUUCUACCACGACAAGAAAUCUGGUGGCAACAACGUCGAAAAGCUGUUGUACAACAGAAAGCGUGUCGAAAAUGAAUUCGGACAGACUCAAGCUGCAGAGAAACAGCACCAGAACCAAUUCCAGAAGGCUCAUGCCUCUCUAAAGCACAACCAGGCAUCAAGGAAAGAUGGAUUCGAUGAUGUGAAGAAAACAUCCAAUGGAUACCAGGUAAACAAUCAAAAUAAACAAGCUGCAGGGAAGUCUCACAAAGCCGCAGCAAACGCAGCAAAGGCGCAGUCGUACGGCGCAGGACACAAGAAAGCCAUUUCCCAACAGAACUUCGGCCAGGGCCAGCACCAUGUGCAGAGGAAAGAACAGGACUUGCGAGACAAAGCUUUGGGCUCCAAUUUCCAACGUGUUCUGGGCCAAAACCACGCUUUGGCAAGGCAGCAACAACACACCGGCAACGGAGGUGGAAGUCUUGGAGGCAUUGGGGGCAACAAUCUAUUUAGCAGCCUCGGUGGUGGAAACGGAGGACUUCACAGUGGUGCGAGUCGUGGUGUAAAUGGAGGAAUCGGGGUCGGGGUCGGGGUCGGAAUUGGAGGCGGAAGCGCCUUACACGGCAGUGGUGGAAACCAUGGAGGAGGAAGACAAGGGGGCUAUGGCAACAGAAACCGUGGUUCGUCCUUCCAACGAGGCAGAGGAAGCUAUGGAACUGGACCUAACAGAUUCGCUGGAAGAGGAUCGGGCUUAGGUGGUCGUACUAGUGGUAGUAGUUACACGAAUGGCAUCAACAGCAUUGGGCAACGGACCUACGGUAACAACGGCAACGGUAGAUCCUCUUUCGGAGGACAGCGGCCAUUUGGAUUCGGCUCUUCUUUCGGUUUCCUAGGCAACGGUGGAAGCAACGGUGGAGGCAACGGUGGAGGUUACGGAAAUCAACGAGGCGGAAAUCACCGCUCUGGCGGCUACCCUACGUCUUUCGGUUCUUCGUCUCUUCUCAGUUCAUUCAGGACGCCAUCAUUUCGGUUUGGAACACCUCAAAAUGGCUUUAGAACAAAUGCACAAUUCGGACGCUUGUACUGACAUUUGUUUUGAAUGUUCUUUCCUUAACAAAAUCAUAAAAAUAAUAUAUUUAGGAAUGGGUGUUUUAAAUCUGUUUCCACGUGACCCAAAGAUUGUUAGAUUGUUCUAGAUUUUGAAAUAAAACUUUGUCAUUGA